CUCCGAGAUUUUUCGAUAUGGUUUACGGAAGUUUUCGUGGAAUAGCUUCAAAACUUUUUUGUAUUGGAGUGGUGUGGAUUCUGUUUCUUUUCAUUGUUCAUUUGAUUCUUGACUUUGAGCAAAGUACAAAAUACUUCAAACCUGUAGCGUCCAAAUCACAAGGACAUCCAAUUUUUUCUCUAGAUGAUCUAGACUUCAUUGAAGAGGAUGAUUUUCGAGAGAAGAGAGAAAAGUGCGACAUUCCAUUCGAUGAUUCCUAUCCAGACUGCAAAAUCCAAGUUGAGCGUCUGAAAGAAACCUGGUCUAAAGAUACUUGUUUCCAGGAUUUUGAUGUCGAUGGCUCAGACUGUUCUAUUCUUAUUUAUCUAAGCGAGGUCGAAUCAUGGUGCCCUCGACUGUUUUGGAGACGUCAMAUGAAGAAGAAAGCAAGAAGAAAACAAAAGGUUGCCAAAUUCCAGGCCCACUUUACCGAUGACAUGGACCUUCUCAUGACGUUACUAGAAAAACCUGAGUUAAAAUCGCUGGCAACUCGAGCCUUUAACAUGUGGAGACACUGGAAAAGUGGUUAUAGGUUCAUGAAGAAAGAUGAGGAGGGCAAAGAAAGAAAUCUAAAGAAGAUCUUAAUCUACAUUGGUACUUUGGCCAACUCACCUGUAAAUACUUCUACUUCUCAAGAUUUAUCCGAUGACCUGGUACAGUGGAGUGAUUUGAUAACUUCAUUGUUCAUUCUUGGACACAAACUGACCAUCUCUAACGACAAACAAGACCUCAUUAGCUUGUUGACGACACAAGGAUUCAAACGCAGGUGUAACAAUGAAGAGAAUUUGUUUGAUUUGGUCUACACUGAUCACGUGGGAAUGCGCCAACUGAUGACGUCACAACCUGAGAUUCGUGACAAAGUUUGGAGCAGAUACAAGUGCAAGUUCCGUGUCUUAGAUGCAUUUGGCACAGACGCCGAGUUCAACUAUGCUAAUUACAAUGAAAGCUUUUUGCCAGGCGGGAGAUCGACACUUGGAAAUCUAGAGCUCAGUCUUCGCCAGUUUAUGACUAAAUUCCCGAUGUCGCCAGAUAAUUCAUUCCUGGGGUUUGUAGCUGGAAGCCACAUAGAAAAGCGACCGUUUCUAAAGAAAAAGAAGAGAAUCGUAAUAUACGGAGAUGAGUCUUCCAUAUACAAGAAUCACACAUUUCCCCUGUACGAAUUCGCCAGUAAAUUCAUGCGAGUACACGCUGCAGUGGUCGGUAACGAUCAGUGCUUCUAUUUCCAGAACAAGCAAGCGACCGAAUCUAGUCUACCAAGCUAUGUCAUCAAUCAUGGUGUCUUGAAAAGCGAAGAUCUUGACAGACUUAUUACAAAAUCUAAAGCAGUUAUUGGUUUGGGCAAACCAUCGGAGGGUGUUUUGCCUUUAGUUGCAGUAGGAAAAGGAUGUGUGUUCAUUAAUCCAAAGUACGAUUCUCCUAAAUAUCGUUUAAAUUCGGACUUUCUUAAGGAUAAGCCGUCACUAAGACAGCUGGCUUCUCAACACCCAUAUUUGGAGAAAUUCGUAGGCAAACCUCACGUGAUUACACUGGACUUAAACAACGAUACUGAGUUUAAAGAAGCUAUCAGAAGAAUUGCAAAAACUAAGGUCAGGACGUAUAUUCCAUUCGAGUUCACAGCAGAAGGAUUUCUACAAAGAAUAAAUGCUUACGUGGAAAACCAGGAUUUUUGUCACCAGUCAGACUGGCCCACAGUAUUGGAACUACAAAUCAAGAUUGGUACGACAGGGCAAUCCUGUCAUGACGUAUGUAGCGAAAAAGGCUUGAUAUGUGAACCUGAAUAUUUCAAUGCUGUCAAUUCUACCAAGAUCCAUGGCUGUCGGAUCACGCAUUCAGUAGAAUCGGUCUUCGCACCAGCUAAAGAAGCCAACUCCACAAACUGCAUCACACAAAGUCAACCAUUGCUGUUCAGCUGUCUAAGGGCCAGCCCCCGUUAUAGACGUGUUUGCCCCUGUAGAACGUAUAAAACUGGGCAGAGAGCACUGUGCGAGGAAUGUUAGAUUCUCCUGGUAUUUGAUCUAUGUGACGACAUCAUCGCCGCCAUGUUUGUUCAAUGUCAUUAGUUUAACCAAAGAUCAAUUGUAAUUCUUGUUCAAUAUUAGACUUUCUCUAAACUAAAACAAAUCGUUAAAAUUUUUGUCCAUAUAACUAUGUUUAUACAUUAGCGAUUCCAAUCUCGUGUUUAUCACAAAGUCAGGAUCAAGAGUUGGAAGUGACACUCAUGUCCCGGAUGUGUGACGUCAGAGCUGUCAAAAUGGAGGACAGUAGUUGACUUGGUAAAAUCAAUAUUUAAGAGUUUUUUGAGCAGUUUUCUUUUCUUCAAAAAACAAAACAGGAAAAGCGUCAUAUGAUAUAGAGAAAGGCUAUAAAAGAAUCGUUUUUAGUUUUUUUUAGUUUUUGAAUUAAAGCAGCAAAAUUCAACAUUCAAAGUUCAACAUUCAAAGUUCAAUAUUCAUACAGCUUGGAUGAUAAUUACAGAUUUACAUCUAUUUACUGGCCAAUUAUGUCCAUAUAUAAAGAUGAUGGCCUGUUCAAAUACUUCAUGAUCAAAUAUUUUAAUGUGACUCUAUAUCUUUCCUAAUCAUGCAAAACUAAUAUAACUUCUAAAGUCAGUAAUCUCACCUCGAUAUUCAAUAUAUCGGUUGAUAUUCGAUAACUGAGAUCUAUUCCGUGUCAACCGGCUAUGCCUGUAUCUCAAGAAUACUAAGCUAAAAUUUAGAAAUAAAUUUUAUAGAAAGAAA